UAACGGAAUUUGGAAGAUCAGCUAACUUCUGCGACGAAGUUUCACGAGCAGGUGUUCCAGAAUUUGUGUAAAUCGUGUUUUGCAAUUUGCCUGAUUUCUGCCAAACUACUGGCAGUGACGUGAUUCCUGGAAGGUUUUUUCUUUCAUCGUCUCUUCGAUUGUGGUCAAUUGGGUGUUAGUCCCGUCAGUGUGUGUGGAGGACUCGGCGCCGUCGACGUCAGACUCUGGUCUACCCUCUCUUUCUCUCUGUCUGCGUCUUUCUCCCCCUUGCCCUCAGCGGAUCGAUCCGAUCUAUAGAAUGGAACAGCAGACCAAUUCCAACACCAAUCAGCCUACCUUGUGUCGUGCGGGAUGCGGUUUCUGUGGCAGUUCCUCCUUGGACGGCAUGUGCGCCAAAUGCAACGAGAACACACGUAACGGCAACAUGCAGCCGUCGCCCAGCAGCAGCUCCCUGGUGGUGGAUAUCAGCAGUUCCUCCCCGGUCUCCAUGGCCUCAUCAGGGACAACGUCCACGAACGGCUCGCUCCUUGAUCUCUCCACAUCGCCCAUUGGUAUCGCGGGGGGCGGUGGUGUGGCCAGCCCGUUCUCAUCCAGUGUGUCAACCCAUCUCACUGCUCAUUUGCCUCAUCCUUCCAGUAGUAGUAAUCCACCCCAUGUUCCCACUGCGUCCGGAUCAGCCGCUUCCCUUUCGUCUGAUGGUAGUCUUCAAACUUCGAUCUCGUCCGGCACGCUUCCAGGUUGCUCCACGCAUUCACCGUCAACCGUGAGGGAAUCCGACAAAGAAAACCGUUGUGCCCAAUGUAAUAAGAAUGUUGAAUUAGCAGGUUAUAAAUGCUUAUGUGACACCCUGUACUGUUUUCUGCAUUUGCGCUCGGAUCUGCAUAACUGCCGCUUCAAAUACAACCCGACGGGUGCGGAUGAGAUCAGAAAGAAUAAUCCAGCGGAUUUGUUGAGGAUGAGCUUGAACCGACGCGAUUUGAUGAUGUAUAUUUAUCUGGACGAUUUUCCGGAGAUUGUUUCGAAUUGUUUUGUAAAAACUGAUGUCCAGAAGUACGAGGAGGAAGGAAGUCAGCCCAUUUACCAGGUUUCUCAGAUUCAAGCUGUGGAUCGAUGUGACGCUCCGUACUUUGUGUCGGACAUUCUGGCCGUUGGGAGAAUGCCUAAAACGCUCCCGACAAAGUGGAUUUUCACAGUGAGAUCUGCCGAUGGAAUGAGACGUGCUUGCUUAACCGAAAUCUCCAAAAAUCGCCCGACAUUAAUCGAAGUGGACGAUUUUUUAGAGAACGUUUGCGGAAGAAAUUUCGCCGUACCGCAGAACGUGGUGGACGCAGUUCUCGGUCGCCUGGGAACUUAUUACUGUCAAAUCCAUUUGUCGGAAGAAGCCUUCGGCUUGGGCAAGCAGAUGUUAGCCAAUAGAAAAAAAUGUCAUAUUGAUGCUCCUCAGUUGACUGUAAGUAAGUUGAAGGAAGCACUGCCCGGACUAAAAAAAGCGGCAGUUCAACGGCGAAACUUUCGGGAAGCGGCUGUUAUCCAAGAAGGAAUAGAUGAUCUGAACUGUUACGUUCCGCAGAAUGAUCCGUAUGAUUUGAGCCAAUUCGAGGAAGAGUUUGUUCAGGGUAUAUCAAGUGAACAGUCAACAGUAAUUGACCGAUCCAGGAAGAGGCCGUUCGAUGACGAAGUGGAUGAUGCGGGUGGUUUGCAAGAUCAUCGGCCAAAUUGAUGGAUUUACACUUAAAAGAGACGGAGACCAGUCGUUUUCCAGUACAAUGCCAACUGACAAUAGCAUGUUCCUCUUCCAGCAUUCCAAAUGGUGUCCAAGCCAGCAACCAGUUCUAUGACCGCUACGGAAGUACAUCCAACAACAGCUCUACAGGAUAUGGUGCUGCACGUUAUUGAAAUAUUGCUACGGUAGUAAUUAUUGCUACUGUUGCCAUUACGUAUUUAUAUUCAGACUUUGUGUCGAUGUCUAUGAGUUAUGGUUGAGUCUUCAACCUUGCCGUACGUGCAUGCCGAACAUACCUGUUGAUGUUAUUAUGGGAUUUCCUGUUUUUGAUGUAUGUGCCGUUUCUGCGUUGUGUGCGCUGUUAUUUGUUUGUUGUAUGGAAAACCAUUUUUCUCCAUCUCUCUCAAGCUUGUAUUUCGGAUUAUUUAUAAAGCAAGAUGUGGACUGAUCAGGAUACUUAUUGUUAGCUUUC